AUAACGCUUUUUACUUCCUUCGCCUAUCUCUCUCUCUCUCUAUGCUUUCUCUCUCUAUGACGUGUCCUCUAAUGUCUUCCUCCUCCUCCAUAGCCCAUUCUUCUAAACUCUCCACAACCGGAGGAGGUAGAAGAGGAUUCGUGGGAGGAGGAGAGAAACGAUGGGCUUUCCCGUCGGAAAAUCUCUAGAGUGAGAGAAUUAUUAUGGUGUAUUCUAAAUACUUCAUAAUCACUGACGAAGCCAUUUGUUCUUCUUCUUCAUCUCUAUGGAUUUUGAUUCCAGAGUUCCCAUUACUCGGGAAAGCACUUCUCUUUCCCCUUUGCUACACCAAAAUACAAUGUGGCAAAUGAAUAUGGGAUCAGAUGAAAUAAUGAGUGGUAGUGAUGGGUUUUAUCCGGAGCGUCAGGGAGAGCCAGACUGUUCUUAUUACAUAAGGACUGGACUUUGUAGGUUUGGUUCAACUUGUCGAUUCAAUCAUCCUCACGACCGGAAACUGGUUAUAGCAACAGCAAUGACUAAAGGAGAAUACCCUGAAAGAAUCGGUCAGCCUGAAUGCGAGUUUUAUAUGAAGACAGGAACCUGCAAAUUUGGAGUGACUUGCAAGUUUCAUCAUCCGAGUAACAAAGCUGGGAUUGAUGGAAGAGUAUCAAUUAAUGUCUUAGGCUAUCCUCUACGUCCAAACGAAGAUGAUUGCUCUUAUUUUUUGAGAACUGGACACUGUAAAUUUGGGGGAACUUGUAAAUUCAAUCAUCCUCAGACUCAAUCAACCAAAUUGAUGGUUUCUGUACGCGGUUCUCCGGUUUACUCUGCACUUCAAUCUUUCACUGGUCAACAGUCUUAUUCUUGGCCGCGGACAUCUUGUGUUGCAACUCCUCCUCGUUUUCAAGAUCCUUCUAGUAUUGCUUCUUUAGUUCUACCUCAAGGUGGUGUUGUAUCAGUUCAAGGGUGGAACAGUUACGGUGGUCAGCUCGGUUCGCUUCUCCCGGGAAGUGACCAGAACUACAGAAACCAACAGCAGAAUGACGCAGAAGAGUCUUCAGGAUCUCAAGGAGGUCUCUUCUCAUCCGAGUUUCAUUCAGGUAGUUAUGUUCCGCUCGGCUUGUAUGCAUUCCCGGAAAGACCAGGCCAACUUGAAUGCCAAUUCUACAUGAAGACAGGAGAUUGCAAAUUUGGAACAGUCUGCAAAUUUCAUCAUCCUAGAGACAGACAAACCCCAGCUCCUGAUUGUGUCUUAAGCACUGUUGGCCUCCCUUUACGCCUGGGAGAACCACUGUGCGUGUUCUAUUCGCGGUAUGGGAUCUGCAAGUUUGGUCCAAGCUGCAAAUUUGAUCACCCGAUGGGAGUCCUCACUUACAACAACAAUGCUGCAGAUCCUUCUUCUUCAUCAUCAUCUUUGCAUCAAGAGACUGCUCUCACCACACAGCUCAGGAAUCUCCUAGUCUCUUCCUCUGUGGAAGCAACACUCCCGUCUUCUGUCUCUGAUUCAACCUCUGCUAAAGACACCACUGCUGAUGCACAACAGUGAAACCUUUCGUUUUGUCUGUCUUUAUUUAUGUUCAGAGAUGAGUGAGAUAUUUGAUCUGAUCUUAUCUAAUUCGCCUUUUGUUGUAAUUUUCUAUUGGCGAAUCACUUGAAAAUUUAUGCCUGAGAGAAAAACAAAAAAGAAAGGAUAAACACUUGGUUUAGCUAACUGUUUAAUAAUCUUCA